AUGCUGGCGCGCGAGCGAGCCCGACGAGCGGAAGCUUCCAGGAAACGAGAAGAAGCAGAGGCGCGGCGGGAAGAGGCAGAGCGGGCCUUGAGGGAGUUUCAGCGGCAGGUGGGAUUUUCGGAGCUGGCUUUGCAGGUUAAGGCGGAGAACCAGUGGGAGGAUCAGCUUUUGAGGGAGAUUUGCUCGGUGGAGAGAGAUGCAGAGGAGUUGAGGGGGGUUGUGAAGGAGAAAGACGGGGAGCUGGAGAAGCUGAGGGUGGAAGUUUCGCGGAAAGUGGAGCUUUUGAAGCGCGUGCAUGGGCGUGCGAUGAAGAUGAGAGCGGACGCGAAGGGGACUAUCCGACGGCUGAGAUUGGAGCUGGAAACGGCGCGGGGGUUGCUGGAGAGGAAGGAGGAGAGGGUGAGGGAGAAGGGGAGGGCGUUAAGAGGAGAGAUCAACGUGUUGGAGAAUGUGAGGAGGCGAGAGGAGGAGUUGCAGCGAGAGGUGCAGCAGGUGAGAGAGUGGUUGCACGCAGAGAGGCAGCAGCGCUCGCUCCUGGAACAGCAGCUGGCGGCACUGGAAGAGCAGAUAGAGGGGUUGAAAGAGGCGCGGAGUGGUGCUGAGGCGAUGCAAGAAAAGCAGCUGGCGGAGCUGGAAGGGCAGAUCGAGGGGUUGAAAGCGGCGCGGAAGGGUGCGGUUGAGGAGGUGGAGAGGGAGAGGAAAGAGUGGGUGGAGGAGAGGGAGAGGGCGAAACUGGAGAUGAGUGAGAGGAAGAGGGAGGUGGAAAUUGAAGUGAGAGAGUUGAAGGAGAGGCUUGGUGGGGAGGAGGAAGGGAGGAGGAAGGCGGAAGAGGAGAGAGAGGGAGUGAGGGAGAGAGUGAGGGAGUUGGAAGCAGAGUUGGUGGGAGUGAGGGAGAGUGUAAGGAGGGUUGAGGAGGAGAGGAGGGAAGCGGUGGAAGGGAGGGUGAGAGAGGGGGAGGAGUGGAAGAGAGUGAAGGAGGAGGUAGAAAAGGAGGUGGAGGAGGAGAGGAGAAGGAGAGUGGAUGCGGAGGAGGAGGUAGAAAGGCUGAAGCAGCGUGAGGUGGCUCUGUUGACUGCGUUGACUCAGGAGACUGGGAAGGUGGGAGUGCUGGAAGCUGCACUGGCGGAGCGAGAGGAGAGGAUAUCCUCGAUAAAAGAAGAGAUCCGCUACAAGGAGGUACGUGCUUGCGAGUUGGAAGCGAGGGUUAGGGAGCUGGGGGGGAGGAUUGAGGAAGGUAGGGUUGAGUUUGAGAAGGAAAGGAGGAGGAUGGAAGCAGAGAGGAGAGAGGAGAAUGAGGUGAAAGAGAGGGAGAGGGAGGAGGAGAGGAAGGAGAGGGAGGAAGAGGAGAGGAGGCGAGCUGCAGAGGCGGCAGAGCGAGAGGCGGAACGAGAGGUAGAGAUGAAAGCGAAGGAAGAGGCGAUUCAAAGGCUGGAAGCAGUAGUUAUUGAGCUUAGGGAGAAGGCUGGUGAGUUAGAGAAGCAGCGAGGAGAGAAAGAGGAAACGGUGAAAGGGUUAGAGGAAGAAGUGAGAGAGCUUGGGGAUAUGGUUGCGGUGCUGCAGGCUGGAUUAGCUGCGAAACGAGCAGAGCUCGCAGCCAAGGCGGCUGAAACGGAGAGGAUGGGUCAGCUGGAAGAGCAAGUGAGGGACGGGGAGGAGCGAGUGAGGGAGAGAGAGGUGGAGGUGAGGAGGCUUGAGGGGAGAGUGAGGGAGGUGGAGGGGGAGAUGGAGGAGUUGUCAGUGCAGGUGAGUGCGUUGCGAGGGGAGGUGGAGGCGAAGGAAGGGGAGAGGGAGGAGGUUGAGAGGAAGGGAAGGAAGAGGGAAGGGAGGGUGAGGGAGCUGGAGGAGGAGGUUGGGAGGAGGGAGAAGAGGGAGAGAGAGAUGGAGGAGGCGAUUAGUGUGAGGGAGAGGAGGAUCGGAGAGCUUGAGGGAUUGGUGAGGGAGAGGGAGAGGGAGAUGGAGAGGAAGGAGAGAGAGAGGGAGGAGAUAGAGAGGGAAAAGGAAGGAUUGAAGGGAGAGAGGGAGGGAUGGGAGAGGGCGAAAGAGGAAUUGGAGAGGCAAAUUGAUGGAUUGCAGAGGGAGAAGGAGGAGUUGAAUGGGGAACUGGAACGGUUGAAAGGAGCAUUGGAAGGCGUGAAGGGCGAGAAGGAGGAAUUGGAGGGGCAGAUUGAGGUGUUGCGGAGGGAGAAGGAGGAAGUGAAAGAUGAUUUAGAGCGACUGAAGGAAGAACUGCAAGGUGUGAAGAGGGAGAGGGAGGGAAAGCUGCAAGCAAGCCUGGCAGAGGUGAGGGAGGAAAAGGAGAAGCGGCUGAUGCUGGAGGAGAGGGUGCAGUUGCUGCAAGAGAGGGUAGUGCAGGUGGAAAGGGAGAAGAAGGAGACAGUGGGACAGCUGGAGAGCACGGUUUGUGACCUUAAGGAGAGGAAGGAAAUGGCAGGGCAGCUGGAGAAGACAGUGAGAGGACUGAAUGAGCGGUUGCAGAUGCUUGAGGACAGGAUACGGCAGAUGGAAGGCAAGAGGGAAGAGACUGUAGGUCAGCUGGAGAAGACGGUUGGUGAACUGGAGGAGAAGAAAGAGAUGGUGUGUCAGCUGGAGACGAGAGUGAGGGGACUGAAUGAGCGGUUGCAGAUGCUUGAAGACAGGAUACGGCAGGUGGAAGGGAAGAGGGAAGAGACUGUAGGUCAGCUGGAGCAGACGGUUGGUGAACUGGAGGAGAAGAAAGAGAUGGUGUGUCAGCUGGAGACGAGAGUGAGGGGACUGAAUGAGCGGUUGCAGAUGCUUGAAGACAGGGUACGGCAGGUGGAAGGGGAGAGGGCGGAAACGGUAGAGCAGCUGAAGAAGGCCGUGUGUGAAGUGGAGGAGAGGAAAGAGAGAGUGUGCGAGCUGGAGAAGAAAGUUUCUGAGCUGGAAGAGAGGGUGCAGUGUGUGCAAAAGGAGAGGAAGGAGGUGGUAUACCAGCUGGGAAAUGCGAAAUUUGAAGUGAAGGAGAGGAAAGAGAGAGUGUGCGAGCUGGAGAAGAGAGUUUCUGAGCUGGAAGAGAGGUUGGAGAAGCAAGUUUCUGAGUUGGAGGAGAGGGCACAUUUCCUGCAAGAGGAGAGGAAGGAGGUGGUUUAUCAGCUGGGAAAUACGAAAUUUGAACUGGAGGAGAGGAAAGAAGCUGUGUGUGAGCUGGAGAAGAGGGUUUCUGAGAUGGAGGUAAGGGUGCAGUCUGUGCAAGAGGAGCGGAAGCAGGUAGUGUGUGAGCUGGAGAAGAGGGUUUGCGAGCUGCAGGAGAGGAAGGAUGCGGUAUGUCAGUUGGAAAAGAGAGUUUCUGAGCUGGAGGAAAGGGUGCAGUCUGUGCAAGAGGAGAGGAAGGAGGUGGUAUACCAGCUGGGAAGUACGAAAUUUGAACUGGAGGAGAGGAAAGAGAGAGUGUGCGAGCUGGAGAAGGGGGAGGUCGUUUCACGGGAGAGAAUUGCUGAACUGAAGAACAGGGAGAGUGUUCUGCAGGCGAGAUUAGUAGAGGUGGAGAAGCAGCAGGGUUUCUUACAGGCGAGAGUGGUUGAGUUGGAAAGGCAGGAGGUUGCUUCACAGGCGACAGUAGCAGAACUGAAGGAGAAAAGGGAUAUUUUGCAGGCGAGAGUGGUUGAGUUGGAAAUGAAGGAGGUUGCUUCACAGGAGGCGGUAGCAGAGGUGAAGGAGAAGGGAGAUGUUUUACAUGCGAGAGUGGUUGAGUUGGAAAAGCAGGUGGAGGAGGGAAGGGAGGAGGUGGAGCGAGGGAGGGAGGAGGUUGAGCGGGUGAAGAGAGAGAGGGAGGAGGCGAGGGAGAGAGUGUGGGUGUUGGAGAAGGAGAGGGAGAUAGGGGAGGAGGUGAUGGUGGGGUGGAAGAAGGAGGUAGAGGAGAAAGAAGGGGCGGUGGUGGGGUUGAGGGGAGAGUUGACGGAGAAGGAGGAGGCUUUGAAGGAGUUGGAAGGGGUGGUGGUGGGUGUGAGGGGAGAGAUGAAGGAGAAGGAAGAAUCUUUGAAGGAGUUGGAAGGGGUGGUGGUGGGUCUGAAGGGAGAGUUGACGGAGAAGGAGGGGAUUCUGAAGGGAAUGCAGAGUGAAGUGAAGGAGAAAGAAAGAGAGGUGGCGAGUCUGAUUAGGGAGUUGAAAGAAAAGGAGGAGGAUUUGGAGGGGCUGAAGGGGAAGUUGGAGGAGUUGGAAGCGGUGAUGGUGGAGUUGAGGGGCGAAGUGAAGGGGAAGGAAGGCGAGGUGGCGAGGUUGGUGAGCGGAAUGGAGGAAAAAGACGCGGCUGUGAAGCGGUUGACGGAUGAUUUGGAGCGGUUGAAAGGUGAGGUGGAGCGGUUGGAAGGAGAGGUGGAGCGGUUGAAAGGGGUUUUGGAGGAGUCGAACGGGGAGAGUGCACGGAUGAUAGUGGAGCUGCGAACGGCACUGGGGGAGAGGGAGGGUGAGUUGAGAGCAAUGGAGGAUGAGAGGAAAGGCGUGCAAGCAGAAUUGGAGUGGAAGGAGAGAGAGCUGAGGGCAGUUGAGGAGGAGAGAAAGGGCUUGCAGACAGCAUUGGGGGAGAGGGAGGGCGAGUUGAGGGCAGUUGAGGAUGAGAGGAAAGGCUUUCAGGCAGAAUUGGAAUUGAAGGAGAGAGAGCUGAGGGUUGUAGAGGAGGAGAGAAAGGGCGCGCUGGCAGCAUUGAAACAGAAGGAGGAAGAGCUGAGGGCAAUGGAGGAUGAGCGGAAAGGCGUGCAGGCUGAAUUGGAAUGGAAGGAGGGCGAGUUGAGGGCAGUUGAGGAUGAGAGGAAAGGCCUGCAGGCAGAAUUGGAACGAAAGGAGAGAGAGCUGAGGGUUGUAGAGGAGGAGAGGAAUGGUUUGCAGGCCGUGUUGAAACAAAAGGAGGGUGAGCUGAUGGCAGUUGAGGAGGAGAGAAAAGGUGCGCUGGCAGCAUUGGAAGAGAAGGAGGAAGAGCUGAGGGCAAUGGAGGAUGAGAGGAAGGGUGUGCAGGCAGAAUUGGAUUGGAAGGAGGGCAAUUUGAGGGCAGUUGAGGAGGAGAGGAAAGGCUUGCAAGCAGCAUUAGAACAGAAGGAGGGUGAGUUGAGGGCAAUGAAGGAUGAAAAGAAAGGCGUGCAGGCAGAGUUGGAAUGGAAGGAGGGCGAAUUGAGGGCAAUGGAAAAGACUCUGGAGGAGAAAGAGAAGAAAGUUCUGAUCUUGACUGAGGAAGUGAGCAGCAAGCAGCAGGAGAUAAGAGUGUUGAAGGGAGAAAUGGAGGUGUUGAGAGAGGAAGGUGCAGUGCUGCAAGAGAAGGCUGGUGAGAGUCUGAGAGAGGCGAGGGAGCAGGUUGCAGCGCUGGAAGCACAGAUGAGUGGCAAGCAGCAGGAGAUUAGAGUGUUGAAGGGAGAAAUGGAGGUGUUGAGAGAGGAAAGUGCAGUGAUGCAAGAGAGGGCAGGCGAGACGUUGAAAGAGGCGAGGGAGCAUGUUGCAGCACUGGAAGCAGAGGUAGAGGAGGGGAAGCGGAAACUGGAGGAGGGAAGGCAGCAGCUGAAGGGGGUUCUUGAGGAGCUUCGAAGGGAGAGGGAAGAGAUGCAGGUUAUGCGGUCACGGGUGGAGGAGCAAGAGGUUUUAGGGCGGGAAAAGGAGAGCCUUGUGCGGGAGAAAGAGGGUGUUGUGCGCGAGAAAGAGGCUAUGGUGUUGGUGCGGGAUGCAAAGAUUCUGGUGCUGGAGUCUGCAGUGGAAGGGAAGGGCAGGCAGGUGUAUGCCUUGCAGGGCGAGGUGGCAAAGAGGGUGAGGGAAAUGAGUGCGCUGCAGGCGAGUGUGCAGGAGAAGGAAGGACAAAUAUCCGCGUUACAAGCAGAGAUGGAAGAGAGGGUGAGGGAAGUGAGUGGGCUCCAAGCGAGGGUGGAUGAGAAGGAGGUGCAGGUAUCCUCGCUACAAGAAGAGUUGGAAGAGAGGGUGAGGGAAAUGGGAGUGUUACAGGCUAGUUCGCAGGGGAAGGAGGAGCAGGUAUCCUCGUUACAGGCUGAAUUGGAGCAGAGGGUGAGACAAGUGAGUGGGCUGCAGCCGAGUGUGCAGGAGAAGGAAGGUCAAAUAUCCUCGUUACAAGCAGAGAUGGAAGAGAGGGUGAAGCAAAUGGAGGUGGUGCAGGCAAGUUUGCAGGACAAGGAGAAGCAGAUAUCCUCGUUACAGGCUGAGCUGCAAGAGGGGUUGAGGCGAGUGAGUGGGCUGCAGGCAAGUGUGCAGGAGGAAGAGGAGAAAGUAUCCUCGUUACAAGCUGAGUUGGACGAGAAGGUGAGGCAAAUGGGGGUACUACAGGCGGGUGUACAUGAGAAGGAGGAACAGGUAUCCUCGUUACAAGCUGAGUUGGAGGAGAGCGUGAGGCAAGCGAGUGGGCUGCAGGCGAGGGUAGAUGAGAAGGAGGGGCAGGUAUCCUCGUUACAAGCAGAGGUGGAAGAGAGGGUGAGGGAAGUGAACAGGCUGCAGGCGAGUGUGCAUGAGAAGCAGGAACAAAUAUCCUCGUUACAAGCUGAGUUGGAAGACGGGGUGAAGCGAUUGGGAGAGUUACGGGCGAAUGUGCAGGAGAAGGAGGAGCAGGUGUCCUCGUUACAAGCUCACCUAGAAGCGAGGGUUCAGCAAAUGGGGGUGCUGCAGGGGAGUGUGGAUGAGAAGGAGGAGCAGGUAUCCUCGUUACAGUCUGAGUUGGAAGAGAGAAUGAGGCAAGUGCAUGGGCUCCAGGCGAGUGUGCAGGAGAAGGAAGGGCAAAUAUCCUCGUUACGGGCUGAGCUGGAAGAGGGGGUGAGGAAAAUGGGGGUGCUGCAGGGGAGUGUGGAUGAGAAGGAGGAGCAGGUAUCCUCGUUAGAAGCAGGGUUAGGGGAGAAAGAGCAGAAGCUGAAAUUGCUGCAGGAGAAAGUAGAGGAGGGAGUGAAACAAGUUGCUGCGUUACAAGCUGGAGUGGAAGAGAGGGAGAAGCAAAUAUCCGCGUUACAAGCAGGAGUGGAAGAGAGGGAGAAGCAGAUAUUCACAUUACAAGCAGGAGUUGAGGAGAGGGAGAAGCAGAUAUCCGCGUUACAAGCAGGAGUUGAGGAGAGGGAGAAGCAGAUAUCCGCGUUACUAGCAGGAGUGGAAGAGAAGGAUCAGAAGGUAUCCUUGUUACAAGCAGGGAUGGAGGAGAAGGAGCAGCAGGUGUUGGCGCUGCAGGCGUGUGUGCAAGAGAAGGAGCAGCAGAUAGGGGUGCUGCAGAGAGAGAGGGCAGAGUGGGAGGAGGCUAGGGGGAGGAUGGCAGAGUGUGAGAAAGAAGCGGCAGAGAGGAGUGAGAGGGAGAUUGCUGCGAGGGUUGAAGAAGUCACUCGGCUGCAGAAAGAGAAAACAGAGGUGUUGAGAGCAGUUGAAGAGCUGGAGGUGAGGGUGAGGGAGAGAGAGAUGGCAGCUGCGUGUGAGAAAGAAGCGGUGCAGAGGAGUGAGAGGGAGCUUGCUGCGAGGGUUGAGGAAGUUGCACGCCUGCAGAAAGAGAAAACAGAGGUGUUGAGAGCGGUUGAGGAGCUGGAGGCGAGGAUGAGAGAUAGGGAGGAGAAGGGGCAGCAGAUGGUAGCGCUGCAGGCGUGUGUGCAAGAGAAGGAGCAGCAGAUAGUGGCGCUGCAGAGAGAUAAGGAAGAGAUGCUGAGAACGGUUGAAGAGCUGGAGGAAAGGGUGAAGGAUAGGGAGGAGAAGGAGAAGCAGAUAGUGGCGCUGCAGAAGGAGAGGGCGGAAUGGCAGGAGAGGGUGGGAGCGGUGCAAUGUGACUUAGAGAGGAAGGUGAGGGAGAUGGAGGGGAAGGAGGAACAGGUACUGAUGCUGCAAGCGUGUGUGCAAGAGAAGGAGCAGCAGAUAGUGGUGCUGCAGAAGGAGAGGGAAACUUUGGAGGAGGUUAGGGUCACGAAGGAACAGCAAAUAGUGAUGCUGCAGAAAGAGAGGGCAGAAUGGAUGGAGAGAGUGGGAGUGGUGCAAUGUGAGGUGGAGGAGAAAGCGAGGGAGAUGGAGGGGCUAGUUGCUGAGGUGGACCGACUAGCUGGUGAGGUGGAAUGGCUCUAUGCUGAGCUGGACAGCGAACGCAAGCCGAAGCGUGCCUUGGAUGCUGAGCUGGCACGUGUGAUUAAAGCGAAGGAGAGUCUACAAAAGGAGACAGAGAGAGAAGGGCUUUUGAGAGAGUGUAAGGAAACUAAGGAAGAAGCGAGGAAGCUGCGAGAGCAAGUGCAGGUGCUUACUGCUGAAGGGGAGGUGUUAUUUGAGAGGAUAGGGGAUGCAGAGAGGAGGGUGGAGGAGGAGAGGGGGAGGAGGGAGGAGGUGGAGAGGGAGAGGGAGAGUGUGAGGGAGGAGCUGGAAGAGGGUUUGAGAGGAGUGAGGGAGUUGAGGGGGAGAGUAGAGGAGAUGGAAGGGGAAGUGAGUGUGCUACAGAGGCAGAAGGAGAAGGCUGAGGAGGGGAGAGAGGAGGCCGAGAGGGAGAGGGUAAACGCAGAGAGGGAUAUGGAGGUGUUAGUUAAGCGGUUGAGAGAGGAGGAGUGGAGUGUGAGGGAGGGAGAGGAGGAGGUGGAGCGAGUGAGAAAGAGAAUGGAGGAUGUGGAGAGGGAGUGGGAGGAGAGUGAGGGGGAGAGGAUGAGGCUGAUGAGGGAGGUGGGUGGACUGGAGGAGAGAGUGAGGGAGCGAGAGGAGGAGUUGAAAGGGGUGAGGAGGGAGAGGGAUGGGUGGAGAGGAGUAUUGGUUAGACUUAAAGAGUGUCUAAUAAAGGAAGGAGCAGGGCAAGGGCUACAGGAGGCUGUAGCAGAAGCUGAAUCUGCACGCAAGGUGGCUGUAGCAGCUGAAGCUGCAAAGCUGGCGGCUCUAGGGGAGAGUGAAGCUGCACGGGUGGCGGCUGUAGCGGACAGUGAAGCUGCACGGAAGCAGGUUGUAGCAGCUGAAGCUGCAAGGAUGGCGGCUGUAGCAGACAGUGAAGCGGCACGGUUGGCGGCUGUAGCAGAAAGGGAAUCUGCACGGAAGCAAGUUGUAGCGUUGGAGGAGGAGGUAGAGAGAGUGAGGGAGCGAGUGAGGGAGUUCGAGGUAGAGAUUGAGAGAGUGAGUGAGAGGCUUGGCAAGGCUGAGAAGGAGGUGAGGGAGAAGGAGAGGGAGGUGGAGAGGCAGAGGGAGGAGCUAAGAGUAAAAGAGGAGGAGCUAGAAAUGAAGGGGAAGGAGGUGGAAGAGAGGUGCAAGGAGGUUGAGAGACUGAUGGGGCUUGUGGAAGAAAUGAAGAUGCUUAUAGCGAGGAAAGAGGAGGAGUUGGAAUCGAGGGGCAAAGAGGUGAAUGAAUUGACAGGGCUUGUGGAAGAAUCGAAGAUGCUUGUAGCGAGGACAGAGGAGGAGGGCAGGAUGGCACGAAUGGUCCUGGAGCAAGCAGUGGCUAGCUUGAAAGAGGAGGAACUGGAGCAGGUUCGGGAGCAGCUGCGGAGGGAGGUGGUAUCUAGACAGGUGGAGACUGAACAGAGGGUUGUUGCAGAGGGGAGAUUGCGGGAGAUUGAGGAGAGAGUGAGGGAGAUGGAGAGGGAGAGGAGGGAGGUGGAACGGGAGGUUGAGAGGGAGAGGAGGGAGUGGGAGGAGAAGGAGAGGGAGAUGAGGAGUGAGUGGGAGGAGAAGCGGUGUGGGAUGGAAGUGCUGGUGAGACAGUACGAGGAGAUGUGGAGGGGGAGAGUGGAGGAAGGGGAGAGGGAGAGGGAAAAAGAGAGGGAGAGGAGGGAGGCGGAGUGGGUGGAGGAGAGGGGGAGGUUGGUUGAGGAAGUGGAGAGGGAGAGGGAGAGAGUGAGGGACGAGGGGGAGAAGGAGAUUGAGAGAGUGAGGAAAGAGGUGGAGCAAGAGAGGGAGAGAGUGUUGGGAGAUGUGGACAGGGAGAGGGAGGAAGUGAGAGAGCAGAGGGAGAGAGUGAGGGAGGAGGUGGAGAGAGUGUGGGAGGAGAUGGAGAGAGUGAGAAAGGAGAUGGAGAGAGUGAGGGAGGUGGAGCGACAGAAGGAGGAGAUGAGAGAACAACUGGAAAGGGAGAGGAAGAGUCUCUUGGAGAAAUUGGAGGAAAGCGAGAGGAAGGUGAAAGAGGCAGAGGAGAAGAGGAGGGAGGGGAGGAGGGAGUUGGAGAAAGGGGAGGAAACAGUGGGGGCGGAGGGAGGGAACAAGGAAAAAGUGGCCAAGGAUGGGGAGGCUUUUGAGAAUUCUCAAAAGUCACUCCAAUAUAACGGGAACACGGAAAAAGUGGCCAAGGAUGGGGAGACAGAGGAUGAGGAGAGAGAAGAUGAAGAAGUGGCGAAGCAAGGAGGCGACGAGGAGGGAAGAGGAGAGGCUGUAGCGAGAGAAGCAGCAGAGAAGGAGUGGAGGGAGCGGGAGAGGGAGUGGCAAGCGAGAGAGGAGGAGUGGGGGAGGAGGACUGUGGAGUGGAUAGGGAGAGUGAAGGCGCUGGGUGCUCAAUGGAAGGGACUGGUGCAGCGAGAGAGAAGGGCGCGAGUGAGGGAGCAGCGGGCCAGAGAGGAGGAGAGGGAGGCGAGAGAGGAGGAGCAAAGAGCAAGGGAGGAGGAGAGGAAAGGGAGAGUGGAGGAGAGCAGAGCUAGGGAGGAGGAGGAGGAGAGGAGGCAAGGAAGGGAAGUGUGUGUGAUAGGCAAGGAGCAAGUGAGGGAGCUGGGGUCGCAUAUCAGCAGCAUGGAAUCCGUCUGUGGAAGGUUCCAACGUGCUCUGGUGGCCAAGGUGCAGCAGUUGAAGGAGGAGCGGCAGCGGGUGGAGGGGAUGGUGGAGCAGGCAGCACGGGAGAGGGCUGCGCGGGACGGUGCACUGAAGACGCUUAUAACGGGGAUGGAGAAGCGCGAUUUCGCCGCGAAGCAUGGUCAGGGGCGGGUGCGGGCGAGUGGGACAGGGGCGGGUGCAGGGGCGGGUGAUGAGGCAGGUGCAGGGGCAGGUGCAGGGGCAGGUGCAGGGGCAGGUGCAGGGGCAGGUGCAGGGGCAGGUGCAGGGGCAGGUGCAGGGGCAGGUGGGGCAGGGGCAGGCGGGGCAGGCGGGGCAGGUGGGGCAGGUGGGGCAGGGGCAGGCUCUGUAGGGGCGGGCAGGGCAGGCACGAGUCAACAAGCCGCAGCAGCCCAAGCAGAGAGCAGUGGAAGCAGUCCCGAGCAGAGACGGCCAGCGAGCCGAAUGAGCCCGGGCAAGCCCUGGAGCCCAAGCCUGGAGCACAAGGGGGGGUCUGUCAUUCCACAUGAUGCAACACUCCCCACGGGCCUGUGGGAUUUCUUUGCAGGCACCUCUGCAGGCCCACCGCUGCUGCUGUCAACGGUGGCUGACUGGGGGGUGACGGGGAGGCGGCAGCACAAGUGGUUGGUGGACGGCGUGUGGAUGGAGGUGUCUCGAAAGGAGUACGAGACCAUGCGUCAGACACUGGCUGAGCAGCAGACUCAACUGGCAACACUGGAGCAGUUAAGGGCUGAUAAGGUCUGGAUGGAGGCUGCUUUGGCACAGUUCAUAGAACUCAAGCGGAAAUACGAGAUGGAAAAUGAAAGUUUGCUGUCAAAGAUUGCCAGUUAUGACCGCUACUGUGAGAGAGCAUAUGAUAGGAAAGCGAAAGCUGUAUCUCCGAUUUGCGUUCUGCAUCGUUUGACGUCAAAGCAUCAUCAGCUGCGUUUACUGGUUGGUUUGACCAUCAUGGCUCGCGUGCUGAAGCUGUCUGAAGUGAAGGAGCUCGUCCUCGGUAAGAGGACGCUCGUUACAGUGGAUGCGAACGACUCGUUAACAACAGCGCUGAAGCUGUUCCAAGAGCACCACGUGACGUCGAUGCCCGUGCGCAACCGGCGCCUCUCUGCACCGCACCAAACCGAGAAGCCGUCGCUCAAGAAGCCUCAAGCGCUGCAGUCCAUCAUGGUGCAUCCGUCGCCCAUGCGAUUCGUCGGCAUGCUGUCGGUGGUGGACGUGGCGAUCUUCCUCGCGGAGUGGGAUGGUAACAAGGGCGCGCGUGGCGACGACGGCGAAAUGGUGGCGAAGACCCUGGGCGACGUGAAGGUCGCUGACGUCAUGGGCAAGUCCGAGGAGACACGUCAGAUGGUCGUCGUGGAUCCCCAUGCCAGUGUGUGGCAGGCCAUGCUCUUACUGGGAGCAGGCGGUUUCCACCGUGGUCUCGUGCCAAACAUCUGCCCGGGCGAGAACGACCUGCUCCCUCUCACCGAACCUCCCCCCAAGCCUGUCACCCUGGCGGAGAGGCGCGCAGAGAAGGAGGAGAAGGAGGAGAACGAGGAGGGGGAGAAGGGGGAGGGGGAGGAGGGAGCAGGGGCGGCGGCGGUGGUGCCGGCGCCGCCGAUGCCUCUGGCGGUGCACAGCGAGGUGACGGGAGGCGUGGUGGGGGAGGAGUACCGCGUUCUGUCUCAGAUGGACGUCGCUGCGUUCCUGCUGUCGCACGAGGGACUCAUGGGUCUGGCACUGGCUAAGAGGGUGGACGAUCUAGGUCUGGUGUGGCCGCUGGUGGUGACCAUAACGCCCUCUGACACUCUGCUGCACGCCUUCCGUCUCUUCAGGCGCCACCAGGUCACUGCGCUGCCGGUGGUGGCUGCACAUGCGUCUGAGCCUCAUUCCGGCUUUCACGCGUGCGGAGAGGUCCUCAUCGAUACUCUCUCCGCCUCUGACGUGCGCUGCAUUCACGUGCUGGAAGGAGGGGUGGAGGGGAAGAAGGAGGGGAAGAAAGAGGGGAAGACGGGGCACGAGGGGUUGAAGGAGGAUAAGAAGGAAGAGGGUAAGGGGAAGCACGGGAAGAAGGGGAAGGAGAGGAAGGGACACCAUGCAAAGAAGACUGCAGUGCGGGUGGGUGAGGAGGAUUUUGAGGACCUUGGGGAGGUGACUGUGGGGCAGUUCCUGAGUGCUGUCAGGACGACACAGAACCGCCACCUCAUCACCUGCACCCGCAACACCAGUCUCAGGCGUGUGCUGCAUCGCAUGGUGAGGGAGCGGGUGCACCGCGUGUGGGUGGUGGAUCAGCAGGAGCAGCCCUCGCCCAUGCCGUCCCCUCGCAUCCCCCCUACAAGCAUCUUCAAGGACAACCUAGAAGACCAGGGUCACGCUGGCAACGGCAAGUCGAAGGCGCAUGCUGCUACAGUGCUGCCAGCUAUAGAAGAGGACAAACCGGCUGUAGCGGAGGCGAGUCCGGCUGUAGCGGCAGGGGAAGAAGGAGCGAGACUUGCUGCUGCUAGCCUCUUACAGGGUGUAGCUGGGUCGUCUAUGGGAGGGGGUGGAGGAGGAGCAGGUGGGGGGAGUGUGGAGAUGCAUUUACAGGGGGUGGUGAGUCUUACGGAUAUUCUGCGUAUUGUUCGUGUGCUGCCCAUUGCCAGUCUCUCCUCUUCUCAGCUGGGCGAUCUUGGGAAGGAGUUGGAUGUUCAGGAGGAAGGGGAGGGGAAAGAGGAGUUGGAGGGGUGGGAGAUGGGUGGAGGGGAGUUCCUUACUCCUGAUUGGAGCAUUGCGCCCGGGUCGCUGCUGGAUUGGUGGCCGAAAAUGAGCAAGUCUUCAUCAGUUGGUGCUUGA